AUGUCUGCUGGCGCGAUCCGAGAUCGCGCCUUCGUUUUUACAGUCAAAUCUAGCUAGGUUUAGUUUAGAUUACAUUUUCACCGAGCUAGAUUCGGAACUCGGUUUAGAUUACGAAAUCUCCUAGCUAGAUUACAAACGAUUUGCCUGAGUACUCGGAGCUGCUCCGCAAGCCGGCGGGACCGAAGAAGCAGCUGCCGAUCCACGCGGACCAGCGACUGCCCGAGGACGGCGAUGGAUCGCUGCCGAUCCACUUGGCGUUCAAGUUCGGAAAUGUGAAUGUGGUCGAACUGCUGCUGUCGGCGCCGUCGGACGAGCAGACGAAACGGCCCGACGGGAACGGAGACAGCCUCCUGCAUCUGGCCGCCCGUUCCGGAAGCAUCGAUGCGGUGAGGACGGCGAUCGCGGCCGGCUGCGACAAUGCGAACAUGCAGAACACGAUGGGCAGGAAGCUGAAACAUUUGCAUUUUCCGGGCGAAGACGCGAAAUUGGUGAAUCUGCUCAUCGACUACGGCGGAAUGGUCGAAAUGCCGUCGGUGAACGCGAACGAGACGGCGAUGCACAUGGCCGCCCGGAGCGGAAAUCAGGCGGUCCUGCUGGCCAUGGUGAACAAGAUCGGUGCGGGCGCCGUGCAGAUUGUGCAGAACAAGCAGAGCAAGAACGGAUGGUCGCCGCUGUUGGAGGCGUGCGCCCGCGGACACACCGGAGUCGCCAAUAUCCUUUUGAAGGUGAGUCGAAUUGAGUUUUAUAUGAAACAUGUGGUUUAUUAG